AUUAGCCUUUCAAUUUCAUUCAUAAAGUUAACAUCUUUAUGAAUACAAUGGAAUUUGAAUCCAUUGAGUUCCUUACCAAUUACAAUUACUUUUCAUCAGUUGAACCCUUUUUCCAAAGCCAUGAAUUUUCUGGGUGCAGACAAGCAAAUUCUUGCUCUUCUCUCUCAGAAAACUCCUCUCAAAAUUCCUUCCAAGAAGGAAGCUUUUUGGAAUAUGAUGAUCAAAAUUUGCUUCAAUUUGAUCCAAUAUUCAAUUACAACCCUGAAGACUUCCUCACAAUUUCCUCUGUAGAUCCUCAAAACAUUGAAGAACUCAGCAAUUCAAGUCCUGUAGAAGAAGAAGAAAAUUCCAAUAAUACUAUUUUCAAGGGAAUUCAAGCAGAGCUAAUGGAAGAAGAGAGCUUAACAGAUCUAUUAUUAGCAGCAGCUGAAGCAAUUGAAGCACAAAACCAUUUCCUUGUUUCAAAUUUGAUUGAAAAGCUGAAGAAUUUACUUUUAUAUGACAUGGGUUCAUCUUCAUUCAAUCAAUUGGCUUGGUUUUUCACUCAAGGACUCCAUUACAAGACAGUUGAUUAUAAUAUUCUUGCAGCUGAUUAUCAAAUCAAGAUUAACAAUAACUCCAUGUCAGCCUUUCAGAUGUUGCAGCAGCUAUCUCCUUAUAUAAAGUUUGCUCAUUUCACAGCCAAUCAAGCAAUUCUUGAAGCAGCAGAAGGGGGGAAAAUCAUUCAUGUUAUAGAUUUUGAUAUCAUGGAAGGAAUUCAAUGGCCACCAUUAAUGGCUGAUCUUGCAGCUAAGAAAGAUGUUUGUUCUUUGAGAUUGACAGCCAUUGUACAAGACAAUGAAAAUGAGAGAAAGAUUAUUGAGCAAACAGGGUGGAGAUUAAUUGAAUUUGCUAAAUCAAUCAAUCUCCCCUUCAUAUUUGAUCAAAUGGGAAUUGAAAAAGCAGAAAACUUUGAGGAAAUUCAAGUGUUGGGUGAGACAGUAAUUGCCAAUUGUAGUGGCAUUUUUCACCAUAUUUUAAGCUAUGGAAACUUAUCAAAGCUUGAAACUUUUAUAAAUGGGGUUUCAAAACUUUCCCCUAAAUGUGUAGUUUUAGUUGAAGAAGAGCUUUUUAAGGUCAGUAAACAGCUUGCAGGGCCUCAACCAAUGUCAUUUGUGGAGUUUUUCUUUGAAGCUUUUCAUCAUUUCUCUGCUCUUUCAGAUUCACUUUUGAGAUGCUUUUCUGGGGUUUAUGAAAAUGGAUUCAAACAAGUGAUGGAAGAGUUUUUAGGGACAAGAAUUUUGGAAUCAGUUACUCAAUUCCCUUGUGAUAAAACAUAUGUGUGGAAAAGUGCUUUUGAUCAUUUGAAAGACUACAAGAAAAUCCCUUUUAGUUCUUUCAAUUGCUCUCAAGCUAAGUAUUUGAUUAGCCUUUUCAGAGGAGAUUUUUGGGUGCAGCAUGAGAAGUGUAGCUUAAGCUUGUGUUGGAAAUCAAGGCCAUUGUGUACAGCUACAAUUUGGGUUCCAAGAGUGGCAAAUUGAAGAGUUUACUAAGAACAAAUACUAUCAUUUGAUUCUUUUGUUCAAUAUCAUUAUUGUAGG